UCUCCUUUUGUCCUUGAAUUUCUCCACUCCGAUAGACUUUACACACGGCAACCGCCUCAACGGCAUCUUGAAUCAAGGACCCUUGAACACCAUAAUCAGAGACCUUUUGCAAGCAAUUUUAGUAUUCUAGGACCGCCAGAUGAGUUCGCCUCUCCGGCCCAGCAUGUCUUCGGCCAACCGUGGCGUCGACAAUGCCAAUCGUCGCAAGAGAUCGAGAGAGCCCGAUGAUGAUAUUCCCUCCUCGGCAGCACCGCCAUCAAGUCCCCCGCCUUCCUCCCCUCCUAUGCUUCCCCACGACGAAGACGAGGACGAUAUGGACCGGGAGAAUGAGCUCAUUGGUGACAUUGAUGAUGCCGAAGAGAUGGCAGAAGACGAGGACGGAAUUGACCUUUUCGCCGACAAUUUUGAGCGAGACUACCGGAACAUUGAAAACGACACUUAUGAUACCCGUGACAUUGAUGAUGAGGGUGACUUUGAUGAUUUGGAUCCUGCCCUUCGUCGACAGCUUGAGGCUCGCAUGAACAGACGGGAUCGCGAACUCGCACGGAGACGCAGAAUGCCAGCGGCAUUUUUGCAAGACGACGAUGACGACGGCAAUCUUGAUUUGACGAGACAGCCGAGACGACGAAGACAUCACUAUGAUGAAGACCAAGAAGACGAGGAGAUGGCAGACAACAUCAUGCAAGAGGAAUUAUCACUUGAAGCUCUGCAGGAUGUCAAAGCCUCCAACUUAACCGACUGGGUUGCUCAACCUCACGUCUAUCGGACAAUCGCUCGAGAAUUCAAGUCUUUCCUUACAGAAUAUACGGACGAGAAUGGAAUUUCAGUUUACGGUACCCGCGUCCGCACUCUUGGUGAAAUCAACGCCGAGUCUCUCGAGGUUUCUUACGAGCAUCUUUCGUCGUCAAAGGCCAUCCUCGCAUACUUCUUGGCCAAUACUCCGGCAGAGAUGCUGAAAAUCUUUGACGAAGUUGCGAUGGAGGUUACGUUGCUCCACUACCCCGAUUACGAGCGAAUUCACUCCGAAAUUCACGUCAGAAUCACCGAUCUCCCUGUUCACUACACCCUCCGCCAGCUACGCCAGACCCACCUCAACUGCCUGGUUCGCGUCUCCGGUGUCGUAACCCGGCGGACUGGCGUGUUCCCUCAGCUUAAGGAAGUCAAGUUCAAUUGCGGAAAAUGCGGUGCAACCCUUGGACCCUUUACUCAGCAAGAGUCUGGUGUGGAGGUCCGGAUCUCUUUCUGCCAGGAAUGCCAGUCUCGCGGUCCGUUUACUCUCAAUUCUGAGCAAACGAUUUACCGAAAUUACCAAAAAAUUACUCUGCAAGAAUCUCCGGGAACUGUACCUGCGGGUCGUCUCCCGCGUCACCGGGAAGUCAUUCUUCUGUGGGAUCUUAUCGACACGGCGAAGCCAGGUGAGGAGAUUGAGGUCACUGGCAUCUACCGUAACAAUUACGACGCGCAGCUCAACAACCGUAACGGAUUCCCUGUAUUUGCAACCAUUUUGGAAGCAAACUACGUCGUCAAGUCUCAUGACCAGCUGGCUGGCUUCAGAUUGACAGAGCAAGACGAGCGCGAAAUCCGCGCCUUGUCCCGCGACCCGCAGAUUGUCGACAAGAUUAUUGCGUCCAUUGCUCCCAGCAUUUACGGUCAUACGGACGUCAAAACGGCUGUUGCGCUUUCUCUCUUUGGUGGUGUGAGCAAAGAAGCUCAAGGCAAGCAUGCCAUCAGAGGUGACAUCAACGUCCUUCUUCUCGGUGACCCUGGUACGGCCAAAUCACAGGUGCUGAAGUACGUUGAAAAGAGUGCCCACCGGGCUGUUUUCGCCACCGGUCAGGGUGCCAGUGCCGUCGGUCUCACGGCCAGCGUCCGUCGGGAUCCCAUCACCAGCGAGUGGACCCUCGAAGGUGGUGCUUUGGUGUUGGCAGACCGAGGAACCUGUCUCAUUGACGAAUUCGACAAGAUGAACGACCAAGACAGAACAUCCAUCCACGAGGCCAUGGAACAGCAAACCAUUUCCAUCUCCAAAGCCGGUAUCGUCACCACGCUCCAAGCCCGCUGCGCCAUUGUCGCAGCCGCCAAUCCCAUUGGGGGCCGAUACAACAGCACCAUCCCCUUUGCGCAGAACGUCGAAUUGACCGAGCCCAUCCUAUCCCGUUUUGACAUUCUUUGCGUCGUUCGCGAUACUGUCGAGCCCGAAGAAGACGAACGUUUGGCCAACUUCGUCGUCAACUCUCACGGCCGCGCUCAUCCCUCUGCCAAUACCGUCGAAGCCAGCGCCGCGGCCAUGGAAGUCGAGCACGAAGCCGAACUGCGCGAACAGCAAGUCAAUGGCGGCGAGCCCAAGCAAGAGGGCGAGAUUCCCCAGGAGCUUCUCCGAAAGUAUAUCCUGUAUGCCCGUGAGCGGUGCAGUCCGAAACUGUACCAGAUUGAUACGGAUAAGAUUGCCCGUCUCUUCUCAGACAUGCGUCGCGAGAGCUUGGCCACCGGAGCCUAUCCUAUCACUGUCCGUCAUCUUGAAGCAAUCAUGCGUAUCAGUGAAGCGUUCUGCAAGAUGCGUCUCUCGGAAUACUGCUCCCCGCAGGACAUUGAUCGAGCUAUUGCCGUCACAGUGGACAGUUUUGUCGGCAGCCAGAAAGUCAGCUGCAAAAAGGCCCUUGCUCGCGCUUUUGCCAAGUAUACUCUCAAACGACCCGCCGCUCAUCAACGCCCAGCAAGACAAAACGUGCGAACAGGCUACACUGCGCCCACCGCUGUCAUGUAGAGGGAGUCUCCUUUAUGUCCUUUUGAGUAUAUGUGUACUAGAAUUAUUCUCUUCCUUUUAGACCUUAUUCUACGACGUGAGGAGUUUGGGAGUGCUUGUGUUGCUGGAUGUCGUUUCAUGCAGGGGUCAUCAAUGAGCGGGUUGCGGGUCACCAGGUUCAAUUGUAACUUUUUUUGUUUUCUUCUUUUAAGAUAUAUUUUGCGGAUCAUUGCGUCUCGCAAAAACGGUGUUAGCAUGGAGAUUCACAAGAUGGACAUGGGUAUCUUUUUAUCAAUAUCAAAUAUAAGCCCU